GUUUCUUUUGUAUCUGACAAGUGGAAAGAACAACUGAACAAGAGGAACUCGCUCGCUCUCUUCGAUUGAUCUUUCACGUAUUUAGAAACUUUUUGUUGAUUGUAUUUUUCCGAUUGAAAAUUACAUUUAUCUGAUUUGAUGGUGGAAGCUUCGUCGAAUUUAACGCCGUCGCAGAGAUACGCGGCAAGCGCAUUGCUCGCGAUCGCACUCAACCAAGCGCAGAUCAGCCAGACAAAGCCACUCGUCACUGAUCACGGCAGAGAUAACGGAGAUUCUGAGCAUGGCUUAACCAGCGGCGGUGAUUCAAUCUCCCAGGACGAGGAUCUAUGGGUCCACCAAGUUUCUGGCUUGCUCCGACCCGUUUUCAGAUGUCUUCAGAUUGAUUCCUCAGCUUGGCAUGGCAUCGAGGAAAUUGCUGCUUCUUCUCCGGCUAAGCCUCACAUCGGUGCGCUCAUCAAGCUACUCUCGGAUAAUGACGGUUCUGGUGAUAUGGUGGAGAAAGAGACCGCUUUAGCUAAAGCUGCUGAAGCUAUGGUUCAAGGUAUUCAGCAAGGUUCUGUAUCUUUGGAAGCUAAGAAGGAGAAACAUUUGGAAUACGAAAACGAAUGCCGUGAGAAGUAUUCCCUUCCCGAGGCUCAGUCUGGUGCUGCAGAUAAGGAAACAGAGAGUCACAGGGAGGAUAUAGCUAAAGAUAGUGGCCACAAUCCUGACAUUGUUGAAGAUGGGAAGCCUGUUGAGGAAGCAGCAUUGCUUAGCCAUGAGAGGAAGAUAAGCGUUCUUUACGAGCUACUCUCUGCUUGCUUGGCAGAUAAACAUGAGGAUAAGGAAGAAUGUACACGGAGUAGGAAAGGCUAUGAUGCGCGUCACCAUGUUGCUCUGCGCUUACUUGCAACUUGGCUUGAUAUUCAGUGGAUCCAAAUGGAAGGAGUUGAGACAAUGGCUGCAUGUUCUGCCAUGGCAUUGCAGAAGUCAGGCGAUAAGGAAGAAGAAGAGUCUUUGUCUCCAGAGAGUGAAUGGGAUAAAUGGAAGCGUGGAGGCAUUGUUGGAGCGGCUGCGUUAACAGGGGGUACUCUGAUGGCUAUCACUGGUGGAUUGGCCGCUCCAGCAAUAGCUGCAGGGUUUGGUGCAUUAGCACCAACACUAGGCACUCUGGUUCCUGUAAUUGGAGCCAGUGGGUUUGCUGCAGCUGCUAGUGCUGCUGGAACUGUUACUGGUUCUGUUGCUGUUGCAGCAUCCUUUGGAGCUGCUGGAGCUGGGCUUGCUGGGACUAAGAUGGCGAGGCGAACUGGGGAAAUUGAAGAGUUUGAGUUUAAAGCUAUUGGAGAAAAUCAUAAUCAAGGACGAUUAGCAGUGGAGAUCUUAGUUGCUGGCUUUGUGUUUAAGGAAGAAGACUUUGUAAAGCCCUGGGAAGGUUUAACUAGCAACUUGGAAAGGUACACAGUGAUAUGGGAAUCCAAGAAUAUUAUUGCAGUGAGCACUGCAAUUCAGGAUUGGCUUACUUCAAGAGUUGCUAUGGAGUUGAUGAGACAAGGUGCAAUGUAUACAGUACUAAGCUCGCUUCUAGCAGCAAUGGCAUGGCCGGCAACAAUCUUAGUAGCUGCUGAUUUCAUAGAUAGUAAAUGGAGUAUCGCCAUUGACAGGUCAGACAAAGCAGGAAGACUUCUUGCUGAAGCGCUUCGAAAAGGGUUACAAGGAAAUAGACCAGUGACUCUCGUGGGUUUCUCGCUUGGUGCGCGUGUCGUCUUCAAGUGCCUCCAGGCUCUGACCGAGACAGAGAAAAACGCUGAGAUUGUGGAAAGAGUUGUUCUUCUUGGAGCCCCAAUAUCAAUCAAUAACGAGAACUGGCGAGACGUAAGAAAGAUGGUGGCCGGAAGAUUCAUCAACGUUUACGCCACAAAUGAUUGGACACUCGGGGUUGCUUUCCGUGCAAGUCUCCUGGCUCAAGGAUUAGCUGGAAUCCAGCCGGUCUGUAUCCCAGGGAUCGAGGAUGUGGAUGUAACUGAUAUGGUGGAAGGUCACUCCUCUUACUUAUGGAAAACUCAGCAAAUCCUUGAAAGACUCGAACUCGACAACUCUUACCCUGUUUUUCGAAACACUCUCUAACUAAAACCCAACAUUGUUCAUGAUUCAUUUAUUUAUUAUUCAUUUAUUUAUUUUUUA